CACACUCCAAACCUUAAUCGAAGAGCAGCCCAACCCCCAAGUCCAAGCUCAAGGCCCAAGCCCAACUCAACUCUCGACCCAAACUGAAGGACGACCAUGGCCGAUGGAUCGUACUUUGCCAAGAAGCCUGCUCCCUCAGGAGGAGCCCUUGAUCAGGGCAAGAUCUUUGUGGGAGGUUUGUCAUGGCAAACGACGGAAGAAUCCUUGCGAUGGCACUUUGAGCAGUAUGGCCCUGUCGUUUCUGUCGAAGUGAUGCGAGACCGUGUGACGGGAGACCCUCGUGGGUUUGCGUUUGUGGUAUUCCGAGAGCAGAGCACGGUGGAUUUGGUGAUGGCCGAAGCCAAGCACGAGAUCAACCAUAAGAUUGUCGAUGUAAAACGAGCCCAAGCGCGGGGAGUGGCGCCUCCUUCCAUUCACGAUGGCAACAAGCAACAAGCGGCGUCCAAUGAUCGCACCAGUCAACACGGCAGCAACGGCAGCAACAACACUAGAGCUCCAAACAACAAUAACAGCGGCGGCGGCGGUGGCGCCAGCAAUGCCGAAUUGACUCCGGAACAAUUGCACAACAAAGUCUUUGUGGGAGGUUUGCCGGCUCAUGUCGAUCGGGACGAAAUGAGGAAAAUAUUUGAACAGUAUGGUCCGGUCGUCGACGCCAUUGUCAUGAUUGAUCAAGUCACCAAUCGGUCUCGCUGUUUUGGAUUUGUGACAUUCGAAAAUGGAUCCAAUGGGGCCCAGCGAGCCAUUGAAAAACAGCCAUUGCAAAUUGGGAAUCGAAGUGUCGAGGUUAAAUUGGCCACGCCCAAGGCCGAACAAAAACGCAUGCCACCGACAUCGGCAGGACCCAAACAUGUCGGAUUACGAGCUGGAAUGUCAUCCUCGUCGUCGUCGGGAGAAUACGCCGGUUUGGCAGUGGCAUUUGGACGCAGUGGAUGGAAAGCGGGCUAUGGGUCGAAAGCGUUUGGAGCUGCUGGAUGGGCUGUCGAAGGCUGGGAUGAUGGAGGUGGGGCUCCUCCCAGAGAUGGAUUCUCCUUUGAUCUGCUCCUGCAAAGUAACAAGGAGAAUAAUACUGCUGUCAAAAUCAAAGCGGAACCCACCGACGCCAAACCCUCCACCGAUACCACAAAAUCCUCCAACCGAGAGCCUCGACCAGCUCGUGGGGGCAACAAUUCUCAGGAUCCGCAACAACACCAACGUCACAGCGGCCGAGGAGAUCAUCACCAGUCACGGGAUCGCCAUCGUCGAGACACUAGCCAAGGCAGGGAUCACCACCAAGGCAGGGACAGCUACUAUGGUCGACACGACUCCUCCAACCGACGAUAUAGAGACCAGCAUCACAAUGACGGGCCUCCCAUCAAACGGCCUAGAUACUAAUUAGCCUGCUAUCUAGCCAGCGUUGUAGUAUAAUCCUUUCAUAGUUUGUUGCAUAAAACAGCAAUAUCUGACUU